UUCCUGGUAUCCAAGGAGAACGGUGACAUCUGCACAUUCUGACUGAUGUUACUUGCCGAUCAACGCAUUUGAUACCGUCGGAAGAAGCUACAAGACAUGCCGGUGUAUUAUGCCGGCUUAAAUGCCAGUCCACUGUUUUCAAACCAGGAUGGGAUUGUCACAUCGAUAUCGCAUUUUACUCAAAUUCCACUUCCUGGAAUCACAGACAUUGAGAUUGGGUGGAAUUACUUUCUUCUGUGGCAAGAUACAAAAUUAUAUAUCACGGGUAAAAUCAGUGAGAAAGAUGACAGAAACAGGCCACAUUUAAUGCAGAUACCAGAGGAAUCGUCGGGAAGCUGUGAACUAGCUGCUCCUGGUCGGGAUAGUGUAGUUGUUUUGUCCACACGCAAUGAAAUCUGGAAAUAUAAAAUAUAUGACGACUCUUGGCAAAAAGUAACACCGUUUAUUCCCAGCAAUGACGACAUGCAGACUGAACACGCCAUCAAACUGUCACAAGCAGGAUGUACAGUAGUUUUAACUAAUUUAGGACGCGUAUUUAAUGCCCCGCUUUUGGUUGAAAUGCCAAAGAGAGUCAAGUUUGUUGAUCUUGCCUGUGGUUUUGACCAUACUAUUUUACUGGCUGAGAAUGGCGAUGUUUACUCAAUGGGGAUGGGAAUACGUGGUCAAUUAGGACACAGUGAUUUAGAAAACUGUGAUAAUCCGAAACUUAUUGAAGCCUUGGCAGGUCUGAAAGUAAUACAAAUAUCAGCAGGUGGUUGGCAUACCGCCGCAGUCACUGAUCAGGGCGAUCUCUAUACUUGGGGAUGGAAUUCAAAUGGUGAACUAGGAAUUGAAAGCAAGGACAAAAAAGUUCACGCCGUUCCAACUUUAGUAGAUUUUAAAAACGACAGUGGAGAGAAUAUAGAAAUUAAUGUUAAAAAAGUCGAAUGCGGAAAUUCUUUUACUAUAUGCUUAACAGACGACGGUUUCUUUUGGGGCUGUGGCUCUAACAAGUACGGUCAACUAGGAAAACUUCAACGGAACUUGGAAAAUUCGUAUAAUUUUGUCAAAUUGGACAUUCAAUCGCUAGAUCCUAAAACAGUGAAAAAAUUCAAAUGUCGCGAAUGGGGCACGGCGAUAAUCACAGAAUAACAUAUUGUACUUUAAAUUAUUGGACAAGACGAAAUAAAAUAUUCUUUCAGUCUGAU